AUGGCUAGUAUUGAAGCAGUCAACGAAGGCGUUGCCAUCCACGGCAGCAUCAGCAAACAGGCCCAAAAGAUCCUAACUCCCGAGGCCACUGCUUUCUUAGCUCUGCUGCACAGAUCAUUCAAUGCUACAAGAAAGAAUCUCCUCCAGAGACGAGCUAUCCGACAAGCGGAGCUUGACAAAGGUGUUCUGCCCGACUUUCUGCCAGAGACCAAGCAUAUCCGAGAGAAUGAUGCAUGGAAAGGGGCACCGCCAGCACCAGGUCUGGUGGAUCGGAGGAUAGAAAUCACCGGUCCAACGGAUCGGAAGAUGGUGGUGAAUGCACUCAAUUCGAAUGUCUGGACUUACAUGGCCGACUUCGAAGACUCAAGUGCUCCUACCUGGGAAAAUAUGAUCAAUGGCCAGAUUAAUCUUUAUGACGCGAUUCGAAAGCAGGUCGACUUCAAGCAAGGCGAAAAGGAAUAUAAGCUGCGAACAGAUAGAGUUCUGCCCACGCUCAUCGCGCGUGCACGAGGAUGGCACCUGGAUGAGAAACAUUUCACUGUUGACGGCGAGCCAAUCUCUGGCAGUCUGUUCGACUUUGGGUUAUACUUUUUCCAUAAUGCUCAAGAACUUGUCAACAGAGGCACUGGACCAUACUUCUACCUACCUAAGAUGGAGUCGCAUCUUGAGGCUCGUUUGUGGAACGACGUCUUCAAUCUCGCUCAGGAUUAUAUCGGCAUGCGCCGAGGCACUAUCCGCGGAACUGUCUUGAUUGAAACCAUUACCGCAGCUUUCGAGAUGGAUGAAAUCAUAUAUGAACUGCGGGAUCAUAGCUCUGGUCUGAACUGCGGUCGAUGGGACUACAUCUUCUCCGUCAUCAAGAAGUUUCGGCAAAACCCCAAUUUCGUCUUGCCAGACAGGUCAGCUGUUACCAUGACUGUACCUUUCAUGGAUUCAUAUGUUAGGCUUCUCAUCAAGACAUGCCACAGACGAGGUGUCCACGCGAUGGGUGGCAUGGCUGCUCAAAUCCCCAUCAAGGACAACAAGGAAGCCAACGACGCCGCAAUGAACAACGUUCGCCAGGACAAGCUCCGGGAGGUGCGAGCUGGUCACGAUGGUACAUGGGUAGCUCAUCCGGCACUCGCCUCGAUCGCAGCCGAGGUGUUCAAUAAGCACAUGCCCACUCCCAAUCAACUUUUCAACCGGCGCGAAGAUGUGCACGUUACUGCCAAUGACCUUCUGAAUAUGAACAUGCCUGGCAAGAUCACGGAGGAAGGCAUUCGCAAAAACCUCAACAUCGGUCUUGGCUACAUGGAAGGCUGGCUUCGAGGUAUUGGCUGUGUGCCAAUCAAUUAUUUGAUGGAAGAUGCUGCAACCGCCGAGGUCAGCCGGAGUCAGCUCUGGCAAUGGUGCCGUCACGGCGUGAAGACAGCGGAAGGGAAGACGGUCGACAAAGCCUACGCUCAGAGAUUGCUGAAGGAACAGACGGAUGAGUUGGCAAGCAAGGCUCCUAAAGGCAACAAAUAUCAUCUGGCUGCUCAGUACUUCUCUGGCCAAAUUGUUGGAGAAGACUAUGCUGACUUUUUAACUUCACUGCUGUACAACGAGAUCACCUCCGUGGGCCCCGCUGCGAAACUGUAA